AUGGAAAGUGAAUUCAGCAAAGGAGGUGACAGGAUGGUCCCACCCGUAGAUACUCCAGUUGGACGACUUGGCCUGUCCAUUUGCUAUGAUCUUCGAUUUCCUGAACUAGCUCUCUAUAAUCGUUACAAGGGUGCAGAGAUUCUUUCCUAUCCAUCUUCUUUCACGCUCAAUACCGGUUUGGCACAUUGGGAGCCCCUACUCCGAAGUCGAGCAAUCGAGACGCAAUGCUACGUGGUGGCAGCUGCUCAGACCGGAAAACACAACGAGAAGCGGUCAUCCUACGGUCAUUCGAUGGUGAUUGAUCCGUGGGGAGCUGUGAUAGCGCAGUGCUCAGAAAGAAUCGAUAUGUGUUUCGCUGAAAUCGAUCUAUCCUAUGUCGACGAACUCCGGAAGAUGCAACCAGUUUUUGCUCAUCGACGAUCCGAUCUAUACUCACUGCAUGUGAAUGAGGAGGACAGCGGUGAGGAUUGA